UUUUUUUCCAGGAAUUGUUUAAUUCUCGUUCAUGGGUACCUCUGCGUCCAGUGCAACGAAAAAAUAUUUUCGUCGCUGGUCGCGAAUGCGUGCGAAUGGUGUAGACUGCCUAUAGUACGAUCCGCGUUGACUGUAAUCUGCUGUAAUAUCUUCGCGUACCUUCGAACUCCUCAAGACGUUAUUCUUUCCACCAUGGAUUCCAGCCGGCGCUACUCAGUUCCUCCCGAACUGCAAGAUCUGCUCUUAGAAUUCACAGUUGCUUGUCUCAUCAAUCAACCUGCGGAUCUUGUGGACUACGCGGUCGAGUAUUUCUCGCGCCUUCGAGAUUCUCCGGAUCGUCAGUCAUUCGUUCAUAAAGGGAACGAAUAUACGAAUGGAGGAGAAGAAUCAGAAGAAUCUGACGAUGAUCUUCCAAUUGAACCCCCGGUCCGUGGACAGCGUCGGAAGUCCGUGUAUUCAGAGGCCUAUAAUCCUGAAGAAGAUGAUGAUGCCAACGUCAAGAAUCCAAUUUACCCGAAGUCGGAUGAGCAGCGUCAAAGGCUUCAGAAUGCACUGAAAGAUAUUUUCUUGUUCAAGCACUUGGACCCGCAACAACUUCAGGAAGUGGUUGAUGCUUUUUUUGAGAAGAAAGUGCAAGCUGGUGAGGUGGUAAUCCGUCAAGGGGAUGAUGGUGACAAUUUUUAUGUCAUUGAUGAUGGCGAGUACAGUAUUCACGUUCGGGAAUCGGAAACAUGUCACAAGACCAAGAAAGUGGGAACGUACAACAAUGCAGGAUUCUUUGGAGAGCUUGCCUUGAUGUACAAUCAGCCGCGAGCAGCAACUAUUGUGGCCGAAACGAAUGGAAUACUUUGGGGAAUGGGCCGUAACACUUUCAAACGCCUCGUGGCGCAGUCGGCGUACAAAAAGCGAAGUUUGCAUGAGGGGCUUCUGACUCGUGUGCCAAUGUUAUCUGCCUUAGAGGCGUACGAGAGGAUGAAUCUGGCGGACGCCCUUGUAGCUAAGACAUAUCACACCAACGACACGAUCAUUAAGCAAGGCGACGCUGCCGAUGGAAUGUACUUCAUUGAAGAUGGUACUGUUAUGGUGACUGUUGAGACUCCCAAUGGCCAGAAAGAGAUAAAUCGGCUGAGCACUGGAGGCUAUUUCGGCGAGUUGGCGCUCUUGACGCACAAGCCGCGUGCUGCCAAUGUUAUUGCCGUUUCUGACGUGAAGCUUGCAUUUCUAGAAGUGAGUGCGUUCGAGCGGCUUUUGGGCCCGUGUAAGAACAUCAUGAAGCGGAACGCGAAGGCGUAUGAGAGCCAAAUGGCUGCGGUGCUUGGAGAGAGCAACCCGAACGAGUUGCGAUGAAGUUGGAAUCUCUUCGAUCAACACGGCGCUCUUGUUUCCUCCUCUUCUGAUCCCUGCCCCGAAUCUUGUUCGUGUGUCAUUUUUAGUGGGCCCUUGAUAAACAGGGUGGGGAAGCAGAAAGAAAAUAAUGACUCGUAUGAAUAUAUUUUUAGCGGCUGAGCAACAUAUGUUCAGAAAUCAUUUGGUCCAAAUUGCCAUCAUUCCCCGUUCUUCAUUCCGAUUUUUAUUUUAUUUUUUUUCGAGUGAGUGAUGAGUUCCAUAUUUUUGGUGCUGGUUUGUUUUCUAGGCAACGACCGUGGGGGUUCCCAUAUUUUUAGUUUCGUCAAAUGUCCUCUCUUGCCCUUCGCAUUUAUUCCAAACAUAGUGCGGGUCGUCUUACGUAUUGAAAUCAGAGACGUAUGCUUUUUAAUCCAACGCAUUUGAGUGUUCCUGUGAAAGAUUCAUUUCCGUAAUUGAGAAAUUUCUGCCCCUUUUGUUGCCUUGACAUGAGGAUUGCAAUUUGGAGCGUGAGCGCAGGUUUAAUUUUUUGGCGAAGAGGUUUUAGAACACAGUAAGUUUUUAAUGUUCUAUUGUUGGAUAUCUAUUGGAAGUCGGGAUUCAUUUUGAUAGUGCGAAAGCAGAGUAAUUUGUAAGAAUGCCUCGUUUGCUGGAUUCUGCGUUGAUACGUAUUUUUUUUUUGUCACUAACUCAUGAGUUCCUGAACGCGUGUUUGGAUCGAUGUUAAACUAGUCCAGAGAACCAGUUUCCAUUUGCCUUCAGUGUUCUAGUCCUCUGUGUUGCCAAGACGCCCCGGGAAUUGUUGAUAGCAGACGGGUUCGACGUGUAGGAAAAAAGAAAUUUCUUAGCUGGGUGUUGCACUUUAGAUGUAGGUGUCGGUUGAUGAGAUGAUGUUAGGCGAACUGCAGCGCUACAGGUUUAUGCCUGGGACCAACUAGGGUGCAUGCAAUCCGCGCAAAGGACGAGAAUUCUAGCUGUGCUGGGUGGGAGAAGGGGAAUGGAGUCUCCUGGCUUGAACCCGAGCUCCUGAGGUUUCGUUGUACAGCUAGCAUGGAUAAGCGAAGAUUUAGGAUUAGGGGCUUUUUCGUGAAUGAUUAUUGGAAAAUUUGAAAGGAUUGUGAGGUUCGCGGAAUGUGAGGGGGAUGAGUUACUGCUUUCCGAUCACGACGCCCGCUUCCAUAGUCGAGAAUCAUUUAUCUGCACGUGCGAUCAUCAGCGAGUAGUCGUACUUCUGUUUGUGCUGAAUAAUCAUAUCAAUGACUGAAGUGUAUCUUGAAUGAGUCGAUUUUUCAUCGACGAAUAUGCGUAAAUUUCCAAUUAGGGUCACUGAAGUAGCUCUAACUGGUAUCCUAGCCCCCAUUAAAACUUCAUUCGAACACUUUUGAAUGCAGCUUCACGAUGAAGUCAGUAUUUGAUCUUGAUUAGUGCGGAAGUGUCCGAAGUCUUGGAAGUUGGAAGGUGUCGAAAAAGUUGCGAUGCAGUGAAAAUUUCGUCACCAAGUUGAUGUCCAGUGCGAUGAUAGCUCGUAUGGGUAGAACUCGCUGAAAAUCAUAACUUAAACAAAACAAAUUAACUGAAUCUUCAAAUUAACUGAAUAAGAGUAUCCAUUUCACUUCUGGGCCACUUUCGUGAGCGAAGUUUUGGUAGAUUAACCUGCAGUGGUAUACGUGAGAUACUUGGGGAAUGGUAUUUUUUCAGUUCUCCUAUUCUUUACAUUUCUUUGUGAUCGUUCUGCAUUAUUCAACCACAUUUUUGAUGAACUUCUGGAUGUGUUUCACUUCGAUCCGUGAAUCAUAACAGAAAUUCUGGGGUUUCCAAUGCAGAAUUAUUCUUCGGACUCUUCGCAUAUCCAGUCUUAAUCGGUUUGUCAAAGAAGUUGAUCAAGCCUAGAUGACGGAAAAUUAUUGAUACAUGCCAAUGUGUCGUUUAUCAAGACAAACCUGCAUUGAAUAAAAUUUACUUGUACAGUACUUACUGCGGAAAACGUGGAUACGCGAAUGACUGCGAAAUCUAACAUUUCGUUGGAAAACUGUAUUGAAAUUUACAGCCUUGAGUGUUCGAAUUUUGAAAAGACCUUGGGAGUCGAAAUUUUAGUUCAACCUUUCGGAAUGAAAUCUUCUUUGGCCCAGUUUGACUUUGAGAUUAAGGAAGCGGGCUUUCAUUGGAAGGGACAGUGCCAUCAAAUUGUUGUUUCUGCUCCUGAUGCAGAGCUUUUUUCUAUUGUCGAAGACAGCAAUGUUAAGACACGCGCGUCUGUGUUCUCAGUUGAAGAUAUUUUUCCUUCUUUCUUGUGACUUCUUGGAUGAGUAAUCCUUAUGAGUUGAGUGUGAAAACUCACGUAUUAUUCAAAUUUUACGUGGGAUUCUCAUCGUGAAGCGUAUAUCGGCUUGUUUCUUUCAAAAGGUGUUCGAAGGACUAUGUCUAUACUAGGCUUAACGAUUGAACAAACGUAUUUUUUGUUUCUUCGUUGAAAGUUUCCGCCUUUGUUUCUUUUGCUGAGGGGGUUUGGCUGUGGGAAGAAGGAACAAUUGGGAAACGGACUCGAAGAUCGUGCAAGUUUGUGGAAAGAUCUGACCACUGUAAAGAUGAAACCUUUCGGAAGAAAUUGUUCUGCCCGUGGAGGGAUUGACCGAAACUUUACUUCACUCGGACAGCCUUCAAAUGAUGAACGAUUAAUAAGGAAAUUGAAUUGAGUGUGAAAAUACAAUGCGUAUGCGGAUGAA